UAGCAGAGUCUCACAGUGUGGCGGCUCCAGGUGGCUGUGUGAAGACCAGGUCUCGAGCAAAAUGAGUGACACUCCAUCUACUGGCUUUUCCAUGAUUCACCCGACUUCUUCCGGAGGCCAGGCUUCUGUCCCUCGCCACCUCGGCGUCACUCACCCGGUGGUGGCCAAGCGGAUCAGCUUCUACAAGAGCGGAGACCCGCAGUUCGGCGGAGUCAGGGUGGUGGUCAACCCUCGCUCCUUCAAGACCUUCGACGCUCUGCUGGACACCUUGUCCAAGAGGGUGCCCCUGCCCUUCGGGGUGCGCAACAUCAGCACCCCUCGCGGGAGGCACGGCAUCACGAGGCUGGAGGACCUGGAGGACGGCGAGUCGUACCUGUGCUCCCACAGCAGGAAGGUGCAGCCGGUGGACCUGGACAGGGCGCGCCGGCGCCCGCGGCCCUGGCUCAGCAGCCGCGCGCCGCUCCCGGCGUGCCCCGCGCGCCGCGGAGGCUGCUGGUCUUCAGAAAUGGCGACCCCGGGACGAGGAGCGCCGUGCUGCUCAGCAGGAAGGUCACGCAGAGCUUCGAGGCCUUUCUGCGGCACCUGACGGCGGUCAUGCAGUACCCGGUGGCCAAGCUGUACGCCACAGACGGAAGGAAGGUUCCCAGUCUCCAGGCAGUGAUCCUGAGCUCCGGAGCGGUGGUGGCCGCAGGAAGGGAGCCAUUUAAACCGGGGAAUUAUGACACCCAAAAGUUCUUGCUUCCUGCUAGAUUACCAGGGAUCCCUCAUCGUGUGCGCCGGAAGGGAAAUGCUAAAUCAGAAAACAGAAAGAGUGGUAACUGGAAAGUCUGCAUAAUCACCAGUGACUUGCCAAAUGCAGGGACCAGCUCACAGAUAUAUAUUAUAUUAUAUGGACAACAUAGAAGUUCUGCUCCCAUAUAUCUUUAUGGAACAGAUGGGGCUCGAUUUCAGGCUGGCCAGGAAGACAUCUUUACUAUCACAGUUGGAGACAUUGGAACACCCUUUAAAAUGCGUAUUGGACAUACCAACUCUGGCCUGUCCCCUUCCUGGCACUGUAAAGAGAUACGGUUACAGAGCAUAAAUUCUGGAGACGAGUUUCACAUACCUGUUCAGCGAUGGUUGGCACAAGACCAAGAGGAUGGGGACAUCUGCCGAGAGCUUCCUCUUUUAACUAAAGGCCAGCCCAUCCUUCCAGUGACGGUAUACGAAGUAUGUGUGGCAACCGGUGAGCUAUGGAAUGCGGGAACAGUAGCAAACGUCUACAUUUCUGUCUGCGGGGAAAAGGGAGAUACAGGAUCCAGACUGCUAUUUAGAUCAAAGAGUUCCUGUAAUUUUUCAAGAGGACAAACUGAUACCUUCUUUUUGGAAGCUGUGCACCUUGGAAAUUUGUACAAAAUUGUUAUAGGACAUGAUGGCCUUGGCCCAGGAAAUGGGUGGUUUCUUGGUGAUGUUGUGGUCCGGGAUCCCACCACGAGUGACGAGUACGCCUUCUUCUGUCACAGAUGGCUUGAUGAAGGGGAAGAUGAUGGCAAAAUUGUGAGAGAACUGUAUGCCAAGGGUAACAGUAUCUUCUCUGCGAGGCAGAAGCUAGAACUUCAGAGAAAAGAAACAUGGGCUGCAGAGAGCUGGAAGUUUGUGAAAGGAAAUACUGUCCAGUUCUACAGCAGGCUGACCAGGGGGUUUGUUCGUCUGCAUCCCGAUGGCACAGUUGAUGCUAAUGGAGAAAAGACAGAUAAAUAUGGCCUCUUUGAUGUCAUUUUCAACAAAGGAAAUAUAUGCAUUUUUCAAAGUCAUGAGAUAAGGCAUUUUUCUCUUGCCCUUGACAAUGGCUCUGUCACUGGGAUGGCUGGUGGUGGAGCCCCCACUGAGCUGCGGGUGCUUUAUCAGCCCGGCCGCUCUGCACUUCUGGAGUCAGCUCUGGUUCCUGGUCACACCGUGGCUUUUAAUCGCCUUGGCAGAAUAGCUGAUGCGUCAGCAGCAGGCUAUGCGGAACUUUCAAGAGAAUUUGUGAUUUUUGUCAAGGGAGUGUUCUACAACAGUGCUGUGGUUCUGCUUGCUACGAGCCUGUGUCAGGCCCUGUGUCCCCAGCCUGAUGGGACCUGCACUGGAGCAGGAAAGCAGUCUGAAAAAUCGUACUGGAAAGUGCAUAAAAUCAGCUCUGGGAUUUGCAUGUUUGAAAGUGUGAAAAAAGCACGGAUGUAUCUAAGGAUUAAGGAUGGCCGGUGUGAUGGAGCAGGUACUGGAGAUACUGACUGUCACUUUAAAAUUAAGAAGAACUUGGAAAAUGCAUCUGUAAGCCUGGAAUCAGUGAAGAGCCCUGGGUUGUUUGUUGGACUUCAACCAGAUGGACAGGCAAAGCCAGUCAUUUACACCAAGAAUGAGAAUGUUUACUUCUAUCCACAAGUCAUUCAGUUUGGCAGAGAAAACCCAAUGGGAAUGUGUGCAACACGCAGCCAAGGGGAAGAAAAGAUUCAAGAGUCAAAAAACCAUAAAGAAUCACCAGCAGAAUCCGAGGCCAGCGAUCCCUUAUGCUCUACAGCUGCAAAGGAAACCAGACAUGCCCAAAGCAGUGAAGCUCUGCUGUCAGAAGAUGCAUGGAAGGUGUUAGUGCUGACGGGAAAUACAGGGACUCAGGCCAGUGUCACGCUCUGGGUAUACGGAGAUGAAGGAGUCACUGGCCCAGUAAUUCUUAGCAAGGACAGACCAGAACACCUCUUCCUUCCGAGACAGGAGGAUGAAUUUCAGGUUGAAAUAAGAAACAUUGGAGAGAUAUACAAGAUAAGAAUAGGACACGGUGGAACUAGGGGCCAACCUGCGUGGAGCUUGCGAAGGGUAACCAUGCAGCAUAUAAAGAGCAAGAAGAUCUUAGAUUUUGUAGCAAACGCAUGCUUGUCUCCGAUCCAAGCAGAUGGAGAUGUUGUUUGUGAGCUUCCUGUAAUCAGAGAAGGACAACCCAUCUUUCCAGUAGUGAGAUACCAUGUCUUUGUCUACACUGGGCAGUUGAAACAAGCAGAAACAGAGGCGGAGGUCUCUCUCUGUCUCUAUGGAGAGAGGGGAGACUCGGGCCUUAGACGGCUGCACAAAUCAAACAUGCCAGUGAGAUUCCAGAGAGGACAGGCUGAUGAAUUUGAGGUAGAGGCAGUGUCGCUCGGGAAACUGCAGAAGGUGCUGCUGCGCUGUGAGGCCGGUGACGAGUCACAGUACUGGUACUGUGAGAAGGUCGUGGUCAGGGAACCCGGCGCUGCGUCUGAGUGCACCUUCACCUGUGAAAGGUGGAUUCCCUAUAUGUCGCAAGGAAUAAUUUAUUCAGAAAUUGAACUUUAUCUUCAAGAAAUGCAAAUAAAUCAUCAGCUUAAAAUACAAGAGGAAGAAAAUGAUGGAGACUGGAAGGUGACAGUUGCCACCGGGGAUCUUGUGAAUGCCGGGACCACAGCAGUAGUAUUCCUCUGUGUCUAUGGAGAAGCGCGAUCUUCAGGUCCUAUUAUUUUGGGGUCUGGGAAACACCAGCUGUUUAAACCCAACACUGCAGAUAUAUUCAAGAUUAAUCUUAAAGGCCUUGGUGAAAUCUAUAAGAUACGCAUUGGGCAUGACAACAGUGGAAGGGACCCCAAAUGGUACCUGGAGGAAGUUAGACUUGAAAACAUGGCCACAUCUGAGCUGUUCUGCUUAACGGUGGAGUCCUGGCUAGCUGAGGAUGAAGACGAUGGAGAUCUAUGGAAAGAAAUGCCCAUUGUGACCACCGGCAAAGCACCACUGCCAGUGGUGGUUUAUGAAAUUCAGAUACACACUGGCAAGAAGCUAGGGGCAGAAACGGAGUCUAACGUGUUCAUCAACCUCAUCGGCACCAGGGGCGACUCGGGGAAACGAAGGCUUCAUCAAUCUAAAGGCAACAAAGCCAGGUUUCAGCGUGGACAGAUUGAUAUUUUUUCCAUUAAGGCUGUAUCUCUUGGAACACUGAAGAAAGUUCUGAUUAGUCAUGAUGGUACAGGUCCAGGUAAUGGAUGGUUUCUUGAGAAUAUUGUUGUUAAAUUUGAAGAGGAAGAUAGAAGUCAAAAUGUGCUGUUUCCUUGCAACAGAUGGCUCGACGAGUACCAGGAUGACGGCAAGACGGAGCGGGAGCUGCUGGCGGAGAGCGGCCCCAGUGCUGGUGGAGGGGUGGGGUCCGCCGUCUCCUGAAAGGACACGUUGAAGUUGUCACUCCACCCUGCUCCCUGUGGCUAGUGAUCUGCUUGUGACCACCUGUUUUCUCUCUGCUUGAACUGGAGCAAACACCUGGGCAGAGUCCGCUGGGGUUGGACAUGUUUUCUGCUCUUGAGAACUUAGGAAGUUGGGAGAACAGCUCAGAACCAUCAGACGACAACGGACCGAGCUCAGCCUGCACUGUCUGGGGUGCAUAUUUGCUGUGCUCCCUUCUCCCCUACUUUCCUCUCUUCUAUUUCACCCUGUGCCUUCUUCCUGCUUCUUUGUGAAAAUCAGACAACUGUCAGUUUACUGAACCACCGUACUGAAAUGUCUAGAUUGCUACCCUUCAUAGGUGAGUAACUACAAAGGUACGGAAAACACGUGAUUAGUGUGAAAGGCUUUUAUGCCACAUGUUAAUUUCAAAGUGGAAGUCUUCAUCUCAGAUGAUGGUAUGUUUCUCUCAGUAUUUUAGUAAUUUGAAUAAGUCGAUGUAAAAUGAAACCAAUCAGUCGAAUUACUCGGUGUUCCCCUGUCCUCCUCACUGGGCUUUGUGGGACUGGGCUUCUCAGAGCCAGUCAGUGGGACCGCAGGCGGAUAGCAACAGAGCACCGUACCAGGAAAGAGUGUGGAGGGAGACACCCAGCAGGCGUUAGUCCCUUCCCCGUGAAGCCUCAAAUAUUUGUCAGUGUGGUGCCGCAGGCAGCUUCUUCCCAUCCUUCAGACUGGCACAUGAGAUAAAACCCAUCUGCAGUCACAGGAGAGGUCUUGGCACGGCUUUUCAUACCAAAAGUACCUGCACUGCAUUCUAGUAUUUUCUGUUUUGGGUUUUUUUUCCGGUACUGGGAAUUGAACUCACUACUUUGCACUUGUCAGGCAGGCGCUGUGCCGCUGAGCUAAAUCCCCAGCCCUCUGCAUUUCAUUCUAAAUUCUGCUACCAUGAGGUAGAUAUGUCCAUUAUCCAUGUUUUGCAGAUGAGAAAGGCUGGACUUUGAAGGCUAACUGAUUUGCCUCACUCAGAGAGGAAAACAGAGAGAGAGCUAGGAUCUGAACCCGGGUCUCGCUUCAGCCUGGGGACAGACACAGAGUUCCUGCCUGCUCCUCUGUCUCCGCCACUGGCUUUCAGUGUCCCUCGAGGGGAGGAACCUGAAUUUCACAUCUUAUACACCGCCUUCAUGACUUUGUCCUAUCCAGACACCACUUGUGCUGUUAUAAUCGUGACUCUUUUCUUUAAACUGUGUUUAAAUAAGGUUAUUUAGGGGUGGAAGACAGCUUAGCCUCAUCCCAAACCACAUGGAUACUAUCCAUGAAAUCGCUGAUUUAAUAUGUCAUCACAUUUUUCUCUAAAACACAUUAAAAUGAAUUUAUACUCAGUAGAAUUCUUGAUUAACCUAUGUGCUACUGAAAAUUAUGAACAUCCGGUUGUGCACAUUUUGUAGUUAGGCAGACUAGUGCAUAUAAAAUGAGAAUAUAUGUAUACAGACAUUCUGAGGCUAGCGUGUAAUGAUCAAAAGUGACAAUUCAGUAGAAGAAGCUACCAUUACCUUUUACUAAUGUUACGCUAAGGAUUGCUCCAGUCCUUAGAAAUGGUAUAUCUGACAUCUAAAAAUGAGCCCACAUAAUAAACAGAAUUUUGGUGCUCCCAGCUAUAGCUUAGAUUGACAUUGUCCCCCAGAUGCCUGGUUAAAGCUUAGUCCCCAAGCUGGAGCUGUUGGUAGGUGGUGGGAACCUUAAGGGAUGAGGCCUUGCGGCAGGUCUUUAGGUCUUGGGGGUGUGUCCGUGAACAGGGCUGUGGGAUGUAGUCCCUUUCUCUCUCUCUCCUUCACUUACCUGUUUGCUUUGCUACGUGCUCUGGCCAUCAUGUCUUUCCGAAGGCACAAGGCAAUAGGGCAAAUCCAUCAUGAACCCAAACCUCUAACACCAUAAGCUGGAAUAAACCUCA